AUGCGGGACAACGCCAAGGAUGAUGCAAAUGAAGGAUGUCCCCAAUCUCUGGAUUACCAGGGCACGGGCCACGGGGCGAGGGAGACGGCGCUGGGCACCCUGGGGAAGGUGACGACGUUGCGGGUCCCCCCCAAGCUCCAAGAGCUGACCCUGCGCUUCGGGACGGCCACGUGGAAGCGGGACACGGAGGACCCGCAGCGGAAACUCGUCCUCCUCAGCUACUCCAACGGCUCCCACACCAACCACAAGGGGGGUCGGCGGGACGGGCAGCUCUACGAGUACAGCGUCAGCACGGGGCCGGAGGAGAAGGUCUGGCAGAUCCAGCUGGAGGUGUACGAGCCAGUGUCCGCCCCCACCAUCCAGCUCCUGCACCAGGCUCUGGUCAACAGCAGCUGCGCUGUCACCCUCAACUGCACAGCGGAGCGAGGGGAUGGCGUCUCCUACCACUGGAGCGGCACCUCGGAGCCCUGUGCCCAUAACGGCAGCGUCCUGCGCCUCUCCUACCCCCUGCAAAACGUCAGCAUCGCCUGUGCCUGCACCGCCAGCAACCCCGUCAGCCGCCGCGUUGUCGCCUACAACUUCUCCGAGUGUGGCUACGAGCGAGGGGCCGGCCGGGAACGGGACCGGGAGCGCUCGCCGCUUGCCGAGGACAACGCGGUGCACACCAUCUACUCCAAAGUGCAGCGGGUGGAGACGCCGAGCCCCGAUGCGGAGCCCAGGACGAUUUAUGCCAGCGUGAUGAUGCCCACGGCCUGA